AUGCCCCGACAAAUUCAAGAUCCCGCCACUCUUGGCCGCGAGCGCAAAGCGCAGGCUAUCAUCGCCGACAUCAGGCACCAGCUCCACGUCAUCGCAUCGCUCUCCCAGAAGCCGCUGCAGCAUCACAUUGCCCGAUCACUCGAAAGAGAGGGGAGGGACCUGUGGAAUCUCUGCAUCAAGCUGAAGCGCGAACGAAAAUCGGUCAAGAUAUUGCCAAAGGCACGGCUGCUUGCCUUCCAUGUGCUGGAGCUAGGUCGGAUGGGUGUUGAGUCCAAUCCAGAACAGUCGGGAGCUGUCGAUAAAGUUGUGUACUUCCUGGGUCUUCUUCUGACACUUGGACGGAUUUGUCUCGCCGAAAAUGAUCUAGGAAGUGGCAGGAUUGCCUUACAAAAAGGCGCACUAUACGUCGACAAGUUGAAGGCCCUGCAAGGCGACGACACAGCUGGAAGAAGGAGCCUGGAAGCUGGUCAUGUCACCCUGCACAUGGCGCUCUCCUGGCGAGAAGGCAAGCUGGAUGUGGCAGAGCACAUGUUUGCCAAAGCCAUAGACCUCCUCACCAAUCUGGAAGCCACGUCGGCCGAAGACAUGGCAGACACACUACGGCAUAUCGGCGCAGAUCUCUCGGACAAGAAAGACUACGCCAUGGGAACGAAAUGGCUAUGGCGAGCAUACAACGUGAUCAACACACCUCCACUUGAUCAUUUGAGCAUGGAUGGAUUGGACAAUCGUCUCGCUAUCUGUCAGAGCCUCGUCCAAAGCCUUCUCGGCAUGAACACCCCAGAAGCAACAGCGGAGGCGAACAAUCUGGUGGCGUACGUGGAGUCGGAAGUCGGAGACAAGCCUAUUGUCUUGCACUGGAGACUUGAGAUUCUGCAAAACCCGCCAUCGGACGUCUUUGAACCAGCACCAAUGACGUUUGAUUUCUUACUCCACCAUGUCAAGAAACUGAGUGAGAACAGCGUGAGCCUGGCUUGCGGAGUGAUGGACGAGCUCAUUACGCAAAGGGUACUUCAGACAAAACAGCCGGCUUGGAUAGACAAGACGAUUGUCAGGAGGGUGUGGAUGAGCACAAUGGCCACGAAUGAAGUUGAGAGCGACAUGGAGAAAUUGGCCACAUUGCUGGAUGUGGUGCUCGCGAGCUUGGCAGAACCCCUGAGCGUGGACGUGGCCGGCGCUGCACAAUCGCUUAUAUGCAAGAAGAUUGAGGCAGCCUUUGUCCGAAAACAAUAUGCUGUCACUGAAUCAUGGUGUCGCGUGGCUCUUCAUGGCCUCUUUGCCAACUGUGGCAGCUCGAACAAGGCAAAGUUUGGCCGCAAGCGCAUGCUCUGCACUUUAGAGCUGAAUGAAUUGGACGCCGCUCGGGCUGCAUUCUCUGCCAUGGAACCCGCAGUUCAGGACGAGCCUCUAAGUCAGUACUUGUUCUUCAAGACUGCCUUGCGCUCGUGGGAUACCGAGGCAGCGUGCCAAAGUAUCAGGAAUCUCGCAGAAGGGACCACAUAUCAAUCGGUGCAGGAUUUGCUGUACGCAUGCAUAAGGGAGGCCCAACAAGUCGGGGACAAAAUCUGCACACUGACGGCACUGAAAGCAUCAUCAGCAUCCUGUCUAACCUCCGUCGUGAGAUGCAGCUUGCGCCUCAUCACCAUGCUGAAGGCGGAACGGAGCCCGUCGAGAAAAAGAAGUCGAGACGAGCCGGAGGGGCAGGAGCCGCCGGAUUUAUUCGUUGAGGAUGCCUGCGUUCUAUUUGAACUGGGUAAGUCAGUCAUACCGCCCGUCAAAGCUGUGCUAACCCUCGUGGAAGCUGCCGAACGAGCGCGGCUGAAACUCAAGGAUCACCAUGGCGACAAGAUCUUUACAGUGCCAGAGCUACACUGGUUCCGCAAAAAUGCCUACAACAUGGGCGUGGCGGCAUGCACGAGUGCAUCCUGGACAUUGAGCGAUGUGGUUCGAAUCUUCGCCGCCUGCCUGGUGUUUUGUGAUUCUUACCCAAAAGACAUUCCCCAGCAAGACAGGGACGACAUACUUGUGAUGAGCCUACGGACGUUGGUUUCGCUGGCAAGGACAGAGGAUAGCGUGGCAGAAAGCUUACAGCGGUAUCUUGAAACUCGGGAGCACGUGGCGGCUUUCGAUGGUUUACUAGAGAAUGCAUCCGAUCAACAGCACGCAACCAUGGCAGAUCUGCGAGCCAAAGCCUCAACACUGUAUGUUUUCGAUUUUGAAGCUGCCACGGCCCUCAGAGCAUGGGAUGAUGUCCCAACCAUACUGCGCAGAUCGGAGUCGUGUCGGGAUGAGUCGUGCCUCAAAGCGAUGGGCGAUUGCCUGCUCCGGAGCGAAGCACCAGCGCGAGUUCUGUACACAACGUUGCGUCUUCUCAUCAAUUCCUUGCACGCAUUGUCACCCGUGAACGCAAGUCUUCUCACAAAGUACAUCCGCACGCUCUUUCACGCUGUGCUGCCACUAGACGACACGUUGGCCCUCACACUCAUCGAUCAAGUCGUCGAGAUUGCCGCCGAGGUGAAAACAUUACCCGAGACGGAGUUGGAAUGGUUGGUCGCCAGGACGUUCAACCAUGCCAUUGACUAUUACGCCAGGGGCGAGGAAGAGAACUGUCACAUUUGGGCGAUGAAGGGCAUGGCUCUUUCGGGCGCGAUGAGCGAUGGGGGGGUUCUACGGGCCAUGCUGGAGGAGAGAUUUGCAAAGUUGCGAUUUGAAGAGCCUGCAAGAAAGGGGGUGGCGAGGUAAACACUAUCAGACCAACAGUAUUUUGCCUGAAAUGAUGCCUCUUCUUUUUAUGGUCCGACCAUUUGGUAGUCCACGAGACGUGUGAAGGGCAUUCAUAACGCUUCCAGAUCCAGUCCUCGAGGUCUAGGUUUCAGGGUUAGUGGCAAAGCUACGACUUCAUACGAAGCCGAUGGUAGG